GGAAAUGGUUGCUGCUACCUCCACUGAAGCUCCGCCUGUAGCUAAACUGAAUGGUCCAGUGGGAUUUUUCUCUCUCCCAGACAGGGCAGUGCAACAUGUAUUGUCAAAAGACUUCUACUUCAAUGUUAUGUGCAUCGGGGAGACUGGAAUUGGGAAGACAACUCUGAUGUCCACAUUGUUCAACAGGGAAUUGCCUCUCAAACCCAACAACCAUUUUGAACAGUCAGUCUCCAUCCAGGAGCACCAGGAAGUUGUGACAGAGGCGAAUGUCAGAAUGCACCUGAAGGUUAUCGACACUUGUGGAUAUGGAGAUCAGCUGAGCACGGAAACUAGAAUGUCAACAAAAAGGGUUCUAAGAACCAAAGUUGGAGAUGUGUUGGUGAAGUAUGUGGAAGAUCAGAUGGAGAAGUACCUUGAGGAGGAGUUGAGAAUCAAGAGGAACCUCUCUUUUUUCCCAGAUCCCAGAGUGCAUCUCUGUCUCUACUUCAUCACAACCAAUGGACAUGGACUGAAGCCGCUGGACAUUCUGACAAUGAAAAAGCUAAGUGACAAAGUGAAUUUGGUGCCAAUCAUUGCCAAGGCAGACACAAUUACCAAGCCAGAACUCGAAGUGUUCAAAAAGAAGAUAAGGGAGGAGUUGUGUGAUAACGGGAUAGUACCUUAUCUGUUCCCACUGGACGAUGAGAGCAAUGAGGAGUUGGUGAGUGACAACACAGAGGCGAACAAGACUGUCCCUUUUGCAGUUGUGGGCAGCCACGAGAAACUGAAGGGACACAGGGUCAGAGUGUACCCGUGGGGAACCGUCAAUGUGGAGAACGAGGAGCAUUGUGACUUCAAGCUGUUUCGCCAGUCAGUCAUAAACAGGAACCUGUGCGAUCUCUGUGUCUCCACAAGCGAAGUGCAUUACGAGGCAUUCCGCAAGAGACGCCUCCCUAAGAUGGGCUAUGUCGCAUCCACCGACGCAAAUCUAUCCUUCACGGAGACGAUCGAACGAGAGAGGGCAAGAGUGACCUCUGACCUGCAGAGGAGGGAGGAUGAGAUGAGGGCCACUUUCAUCAGGAGGGUCAAGGACAAGGAGAACGAGCUGCAGAUUGCAGAGCAGAGUCUAACCAAUAAAUACAACAAACUCAAGGGUGAGCUGGAGAUCAAGAAGUUGGAGUUGGAGGAGGAGCGGAGUAAGUUGGACACGGCGAAGUGUGAGUUCGAAAAGGCACAGGAGGAGCGGAGGAGGAUGUUGGAGGAGCAGGCAGCAGCAGCCGCCCUCUCCUCCUCCACCUCACAGCAGCAGUCAUCUACCGCCACUCUGGGCAGGAGCAAGAAGAAGUAGAGUCAACCACCUCCUCACCCACCACCACCUCCCCCUCCCUCACAAUUACAGAAGUCUAACACCCUAUAGAGGAGAUACCAUAGCCCUUUUGUGAAGACAGAUUGAUCCACUCGCCAAUGCCACUGAAUUAUUCAAUCUUAUUUUAAGCUAGAAAAUGUCUUCAAUUGAAAGAAAAAUAUCGUCUUAACUUUUUUCUCUCUGCAGAAUGAACACAUUGCUUCCAUAGUUAUCUGCCUUCAAAAAUUGCGAUUACUUAGAAGACCACGAUUGACGCAGAAGAUAUACGAAUAACACCUAUUCUGCUAUUCCAUAUUCUGCUAGUUGAGGAUAAGAUGAGUCAUCAAAAUGUUUUGUACCUUUGCGGCAACUGCAAUCAUUUCGCAGCUAUAAUAAUGGUGCGUGCAAUAAUUUCUAGUUUCUUUGUAAUGUAUUUUCUAGUGUCAAAACGUUGACUCAUGAUUUACAGCUCAAUUCUAAUAAAUAAUGAAUCCAUGGGGUGAAUCUAUUAUUUGUUUAAUAUUUGCAAAGUUAGAAUAAUAAAAACUUUGUAAUGCUUUCAAACGAUUGUUCGUCCUUUUAUUUUUUCAAUUAUUGGUAUGAAAUUAUUUAAGCAUAGUUGAUUUAAAUUAAUUUUUUAAUGAAAA